AUGCACUCUAGUCCGGCGUCGGGGUUGGUGAUACCCUCGGGAGAUGGACACCCGGAGUCCCGUGUCAUCCGUACGUCACAGGUGACAGAAUGUUUGCGUGAUUGGUCGGCCAUCCAAGGCCUGGUGAGACUGUCCGGCCGGGUUGUCAGAGGGAGUGGCCAGUUAAUAAAUAACACGGAUUGGCAGCAGGGUCAUCUGCCUCAAGUAAUGACCCAUCGCCAAGAUUGA